AUUUGAUCGCGCCACCUACUGUGAUUAAGCCGCAAUAAAACUGAUAUCCAAUGGUAUGUGUUCUCUUUUGUCUGAUAGUUUCUACAUAACUGUGCUUCUGACUCGUUGCAUGUAUUUUGCCGGAUAUACUGAAAUAGAUCAUUCUUUGAAUUUAUUCAAAUAGGAACAACUGUCCAUCUCUAGUAAAGAUCUCAAGAUGCCCACCAUUGGUAUUAAAGAAGAGUUGCUGUUUAAUGCUUUAGGGAGGAAGUAUACUGAACAAGAGUUCAGUGAUUUAUGUUUUGAAUUUGGUUUAGAACUUGAUGAAGUAGUACUUGAAAAACCUGAUCCUACAAAAGAUCUAGAAGUCAGUGUAUUCAAAAUUGAUAUUCCUGCAAAUCGUUAUGAUUUGCUAUGUCUAGAAGGUGUUUGUAGAUCUUUGCUAAUUUUUCAAAAUAAAAUAGAUAUACCACGAUACAUUUUAUCAUCUCCUCAAGAAAAACAGAAGUUGAUAAUUGAUGCUGCAACUGCAGAAGUUAGGCCUUUUGCAGUUGCUGCUGUAUUACGAGGCAUCACAUUUACUCAGAGUAGUUACGAUAGUUUCAUUGAUUUGCAGGAUAAAUUACACCAAAAUAUAUGCCGCAGAAGAACACUUGCUGCUAUAGGAACACAUGAUCUUGACACCAUAAAUGGGCCUUUCAUUUUCACUGCUAAAGCACCUAAAGAUAUCAAAUUUUGCCCCUUAAAUAAAGAUAAAAAAUAUACAGCAGAAGAAUUAAUGGAUAUCUAUGCAAAUGAUGUGCAUUUGAAACAGUAUCUUCAUAUUAUAAAAGAUAAACCUGUUUAUCCUGUUAUAUAUGACCAGAAUGGUGUAGUUCUUUCUAUGCCACCAAUAAUAAAUGGUGAACAUUCCAAAAUCACUCUUAACACAAAAAAUAUCUUUAUUGAAAUCACUUCAGUAGAUCUGCAUAAAGCCAAAGUUGUUCUUGAUACUAUUGUCUGCAUGUUUAGUGAAUAUUGUGAAGAACCAUUUGUUACUGAACCAGUGGAAGUUGUUGAUCCCAGUGACAAUAUUGUGAUUUAUCCUGAAUUAAAAUAUAGGACAGAAGUAUUAUCAGCAGAAUCUAUAAAUAAAAAAAUUGGAAUAAAUGAAACACCAGAAAGUAUUGCUAAGUUAUUAACGAAAAUGUGCUUAAAAUCAGAAGUUGUCUCAGAAAGUGGAUCUUCUGUAGUUAAAGUUGAAAUCCCUCCUACGAGACAUGAUAUAAUGCAUGCACGUGAUAUUAUGGAAGAUGUUGCUAUUGCAUAUGGUUACAAUAACAUAACAAAAACUAUUCCUCAGACUGUUACGAUUGCUUCACAGCUUCCAUUAAAUAAACUUUCAGAUCAACUAGCACUUGAACUAGCACAAGCUGGCUUUACUGAAGCACUUACUUUUACAUUAUGCUCCAGGGAUGACAUCUCCACCAAGCUCAGAAAUACUGAAGAAUUAUUAAAAGCUGUUCACAUUUCCAAUCCUAAAACUCUUGAAUUCCAGGUAGUGAGGACUUCGUUACUUCCUGGUCUUCUAAAAACCAUCAAUGCAAAUAAAAAAAUGCCAUUACCUAUGAAACUUUUUGAGAUAUCGGAUGUAGUAGUGAAAGAUCCUAGCAUGGAUGUUCGAGCACGAAAUGAACGAAGACUAGCUGCAGUUUACUACAAUAAACGACCUGGUUUUGAAAUCAUACAUGGCGUUUUAGAUAGAAUCAUGCAACUUCUCGAUGUUCCAAAUUUAAAUGAAAAGAAUUGUGAUGCUGGAUAUAUUAUUAAAGCAUAUGAUAACCCUAUGUUUUUCCCUGGACGCUGUGCUGAAAUCAUUGUAUAUGGUAAAACAAUUGGCACACUUGGUGUCUUACAUCCUGAGUCUGUGACUAACUUUGAUUUGAAUUUACCUUGUUCUGCCUUGGAGAUAAAUAUUGAACCUUUUCUGUAAUCAAAUUGAAUUUUUUUAAAACAUCUGUGCUUGACAAAUACAUAUAAAUGCUGAUUCUUAUGUAAAAAUGUUUGCACGUUUAAGGCUUGAAGGUUAUACUUUUAAUAAUCAUUCCCUUUCUUAAUGAAAUUACACAUGCAUAUUGUUAUGUAAUUUAACCACUUGACAUAAAAUAUGGCUUUAUGUAUAUUUAUUUGGCAUCAUAUUUUUCAUUGACUUUAAAAAAUGUAAGAAGAAAGGAGAAAUAAAAAUGGGAUACAAUCAUGAAGUUACUUUUUAUGUUCUUGUUACCUUAUAUGAGUGGUUUCAUUAUAAAUGGGCUUGUGGUUAGAAUACUUAAUUUUUAUAAUUAAGAAGUUUUUAUUAAAAUAGGUAUGUUGCAUCUAAAUAUUUCAUAAAAUAUAUUUUUUAAUUAUUAAUAAAUAAUUCAUAAACUGUAUUUUUAUUUUAAUUAAUUUUAUGAAUAAUUCAUAGCUAUAUUUCUCAGGUAGUAGUGUUAUGAGUACAAUUUUAUUCAUUUAGUGCAUUAAGACCUCUCUACUUUUGUUGAAAUAUUCUGCUUCCAUAAAAUAAAAUAUACUAGUAUGCAAAAUGUAAGCAACUUUUCUGAUUUGAGUAUUAAUUUUGCAAACAAUCAACUGUGAGACGAGAAAUUCAUAUUAUAGAGGAACAAUGUAAUAUAUAAAGGAUAGGAAAAGUAUGGUAGCAAGAAAAAUGAAUAGAACAUGUACAGUACAGAUAAAGAUAUUAACAGUACUAAGCUAUAAAUUUAAGUCUGGAAAACAUUUACUGUAACAGCCAUCUGAUAAUCUACCAAGAAGUAACUCUUUAUCAUAUUGUUAUCUGUUUCUCAGUAUAGACAUUUCAUUCAAUUAUCAGUCUCAUUCUCUGUAUAGGUAGUCUUUACAAAUAUAUUAGUUUUGUUUCAUAUUUCAUCAUUUAUUUUUAAAGAAUAGGAAUAAUGAAUUUGGGGUAGAAGAAUAAUGAACUACUAUUUGCUUUCUAGGCUAAACCAAACAUUCUAUACAGAAUUUUAUAUGAUAUUUGAAACAUCUUUUAUUAAAAAUAGUAUUACUGAAAAUGUUCAUAACUAAUAUUUAUUAGACACAUUAUAAGCUGCAUAUCCAUAUGUUAUAAACUACAUAUCUAUUCGAUGUAAUCUUAAAAAGACUGAAAUUAUUUUAAAUAUGUUUGUUGCUCUUAAAACACUAAGCAAACCAGUGCAGUUUUAAUUUGAAAGAUUAAAAUAUGUCAUGUUAAAUCACUGGAAACUGUCUUUUUUGCUGGGUGCCAUGGAAGAUAAAGAUUAUAUGUGAUGUUGAAUGGCAACACUCUGGGAAUUGAUUAUUUUCUUAGUUUUGUUGAAGAUAAAUUGAAGAUCUUAUGUUUAAUAUAGUAACAAUAUUUGUCAAGUUAUGUGAAAAAUAAAGACAUGGUAUCACAGCUUAAUAUAAUUAUAAAUGUAAUAAUAAAUAAACUUUUGCUAGACCUUUGCUAGCCUGAUUAUUAUUAGACAGGUUUCCAAUGUCAAAAACAUUUAAAGCAGCUUCAUUUGUUUGUAUUUUGUCAUGAAAAUAGCUUGAUGCAUAGCAAGAUUUGUUUCCAGUCCUUUUCUAAUAAUAAGUGCUUUUCUUCUUUAUAAUAAUAAUAAUACAUGCUACUAAAAUUACCCUUUAAAUAUUAAAAAUUUUAUCAAAUGAGACUGAAAAUUUCCCUUGAAGCAAAAUAAGUAGAUCUCAGGCUUUUCAGCAACUUAGAUUUUUGCUUAGUUUAUCUAUAUAAUGAGUAAUUUAGUGUGGCAUUAAGAAAAAAAAAAAAAAAAAAUAUUUCUAUUAACUAUAGCUCAGAUUUUAGCAAGUAAUAUGUAAUUUGCAAUAUAUAUCUACAUUAUAAAGCAUGUUACUUUGUUACAUCAUGUAAUAUCAUAUGUUCUCUUUAUUGUUAUUAUUAGACAUUAAAUUUCAUCUCAUAAUUGAUUUUUUCAUUUUAUACAAAUGUUUUAUAUUUAAGCAUGAAAAUAAAAAUUACUGUACAUUUGCA